CAACUGGCACUUUAAGUCUGGACAUCUAAAGCUUGAUGCAGGCUUCUCCACUUCAAACGAGUCAACUAACUCCACCUGAAGAACUUCAUGCUGCUGCCUAUGUGUUUACAAAUGACGGGCAGCAAAUGAGGAGUGAUGAAGUAAAUUUGCUUGCAACGGGGCAUCAAAGCAAAAAGAAACAUUCCAGAAAAUCCAAGAGACACUCUUCAUCUAAGAGAAGGAAGAGUAUGUCCCUGUGGUUAGACAAACAGGAAGAUGCUGCAGUCACUCACAACAUUCGUGAAGAGAGGAUAAAUAAUGGCCAACCAGCACCUGAUAACGUCUUGUCAACUGCUCCACCAUGGCCUAGUAAUAUGGCAGCAGCAGGAAUUUCAUCCAUGAAUAUGAGAGAUCUGUAUGCUACCAUCACUCACAAUAUCCGUGAAGAGAGGAUGGAAAAUGGCCAAUCUCGAACUGAUAAAGUCUUGUCAACUGUUCCACCAUGGCUUGUUCAUAUGGCUGCAGCUGGUAUUCCAUCCAUGAGUACCAGGGAUCUGCAUUCUACCGUCACUCACAAUAUCCGUGAAGAGAGAAUGGAAAAUGGCCAACCUCAACCUGAUAACGUCUUGUCAACUGGUCCCACAGGGCUUAUUAGUAUGGCAGCAACUCCUAUUCCAGCCAUGAGUGCCAGAGAUCUCUAUGCUACAGUCACUCACAAUGUCUGUGAACAGAAGAUGGAAAAUGUCCAACCAGCACCUGAUAACGUGUUGUUGACUCUUCGACCAUGGCGUAUUAAUAUGACAGACACUGGUAUUUCACCCAUGAGUACCAGGGAUCCAUAUGCUAUCAUCACUUACAAUGUCCCUGAGGAGAAGAUGGAAAAGGGCCAACCCCAACCUGAUAACAUCUUGUCAACUGCUUCAACAGGGCUUAUUAAUGUGGCAGGAGCUGGUACUCCAGCCAUCAGCACCAAUGGCCUGUAUUCCACCGUCACUCACAAUGUCUGUGAAGAGAAGAUGGAAAAUGACCAACCACAACCUAAUAACAUAUUGUCAACUGUUCAACCAGUGGUUAUUUAUUUGACAGCAGCUGGCAUUCCGGGCAUGAGUACCAGGGAUCAGUAUGCUACCGUCACUCACAAUGUCUGUGAAGAGAGAGUGGUAAAUAACCAACCACUACCUAGUAACGCCUUGUCAACUGUUCUACCAGGGCUUACUUAUUUGGCAACAGCUGAUAUGCCAGCCAUGAGUACCAGGGAUCAGCAUGCUACCAUCAUUCACAAUCUGCGUGAAGAGAAGAAAGAUAACAGCCAACCAGCCCCUGAUAACGUCUUGUCAGCUGUUACACCAGGGCUUAUUAACUUGGCAGGAGCUGGUAUUCCACCCAUGAGUACCAGGGAUCAGUAUGCUACUGUCAAUCACCAUGUCCAUGAAGCAAGGAUGGAAAAUGGCCAACGAAAACAGGAUAACAUCUUGUCAAAUGUUCUAUCUGGGCUUAUUAAUAUGGCAGGACCUAGUAUUCCAGCAAUGAGUUCCAGGGAUCUGUAUGCUACCAUUACUCACAGUGUUCGUGAAGAGAAGAUGGAAAGUGGCAAACCCCAAACUGAUAAGGUCAUAUCAAAUGUUGCACCACGGCUUGGUCAUAUGGCUGCAGGUGGUAUUCCAUCCAUGAGUACCAAGGAUCUGUAUUCUACCGUCACUCACAAUAUCCGUGAAGAGAGAAUGGAAAAUGGCCAACCUCAACCUGAUAACGUCUUGUCAACUGGUCCCACAGGGCUUAUUAGUAUGGCAGCAACUCCUAUUCCAGCCACGAGUGCCAGAGAUCUCUAUGCUACAGUCACUCACAAUGUCUGUGAACAGAAGAUGGAAAAUGUCCAACCAGCACCUGAUAACGUGUUGUUGACUCUUCGACCACGGCGUAUUAAUAUGACAGACACUGGUAUUUCACCCAUGAGUACCAGGGAUCCAUAUGCUAUCAUCACUUACAAUGUCCCUGAGGAGAAGAUGGAAAAGGGCCAACCCCAACCUGAUAACAUCUUGUCAACUGCUUCAACAGGGCUUAUUAAUGUGGCAGGAGCUGGUACUCCAGCCGUCAGCACUAAUGGCCUGUAUGCUACCGUCACUCACAAUGUCUGUGAAGAGAGAGUGGUAAAUAACCAACCACUACCUAGUAACGCCUUGUCAACUGUUCUACCAGGGCUUACUUAUUUGGCAACAGCUGAUAUGCCAGCCAUGAGUACCAGGGAUCAGCAUGCUACCAUCAUUCACAAUCUGCGUGAAGAGAAGAAAGAUAACAGCCAACCAGCCCCUGAUAACGUCUUGUCAGCUGUUACACCAGGGCUUAUUAACUUGGCAGGAGCUGGUAUUCCACCCAUGAGUACCAGGGAUCAGUAUGCUACUGUCAAUCACCAUGUCCAUGAAGCAAGGAUGGAAAAUGGCCAACGAAAACAGGAUAACGUCUUGUCAAAUGUUCUAUCUGGGCUUAUUAAUAUGGCAGGACCUAGUAUUCCAGCAAUGAGUUCCAGGGAUCUGUAUGCUACCAUUACUCACAGUGUUCGUGAAGAGAAGAUGGAAAGUGGCAAACCCCAAACUGAUAAGGUCAUAUCAAAUGUUGCACCACGGCUUGGUCAUAUGGCUGCAGGUGGUAUUCCAUCCAUGAGUACCAAGGAUCUGUAUUCUACCGUCACUCACAAUAUCCGUGAAGAGAGAAUGGAAAAUGGCCAACCUCAACCUGAUAACGUCUUGUCAACUGGUCCCAUAGGGCUUACUAGUAUGGCAGCAACUCCUAUUCCAGCCAUGAGUGCCAGAGAUCUCUAUGCUACAGUCACUCACAAUGUCUGUGAACAGAAGAUGGAAAAUGUCCAACCAGCACCUGAUAACGUGUUGUUGACUCUUCGACCACGGCGUAUUAAUAUGACAGACACUGGUAUUUCACCCAUGAGUACCAGGGAUCCAUAUGCUAUCAUCACUUACAAUGUCCCUGAGGAGAAGAUGGAAAAGGGCCAACCCCAACCUGAUAACAUCUUGUCAACUGCUUCAACAGGGCUUAUUAAUGUGGCAGGAGCUGGUACUCCAGCCAUCAGCACCAAUGGCCUGUAUGCUACCGUCACUCACAAUGUCUGUGAAGAGAGAGUGGUAAAUAACCAACCACUACCUAGUAACGCCUUGUCAACUGUUCUACCAGGGCUUACUUAUUUGGCAACAGCUGAUAUGCCAGCCAUGAGUACCAGGGAUCAGCAUGCUACCAUCAUUCACAAUCUGCGUGAAGAGAAGAAAGAUAACAGCCAACCAGCCCCUGAUAACGUCUUGUCAGCUGUUACACCAGGGCUUAUUAACUUGGCAGGAGCUGGUAUUCCACCCAUGAGUACCAGGGAUCAGUAUGCUACUGUCAAUCACCAUGUCCAUGAAGCAAGGAUGGAAAAUGGCCAACGAAAACAGGAUAACGUCUUGUCAAAUGUUCUAUCUGGGCUUAUUAAUAUGGCAGGACCUAGUAUUCCAGCAAUGAGUUCCAGGGAUCUGUAUGCUACCAUUACUCACAGUGUUCGUGAAGAGAAGAUGGAAAGUGGCAAACCCCAAACUGAUAAGGUCAUAUCAAAUGUUGCACCACGGCUUGGUCAUAUGGCUGCAGGUGGUAUUCCAUCCAUGAGUACCAAGGAUCUGUAUUCUACCGUCACUCACAAUAUCCGUGAAGAGAGAAUGGAAAAUGGCCAACCUCAACCUGAUAACGUCUUGUCAACUGGUCCCAUAGGGCUUACUAGUAUGGCAGCAACUCCUAUUCCAGCCAUGAGUGCCAGAGAUCUCUAUGCUACAGUCACUCACAAUGUCUGUGAACAGAAGAUGGAAAAUGUCCAACCAGCACCUGAUAACGUGUUGUUGACUCUUCGACCACGGCGUAUUAAUAUGACAGACACUGGUAUUUCACCCAUGAGUACCAGGGAUCCAUAUGCUAUCAUCACUUACAAUGUCCCUGAGGAGAAGAUGGAAAAGGGCCAACCCCAACCUGAUAACAUCUUGUCAACUGCUUCAACAGGGCUUAUUAAUGUGGCAGGAGCUGGUACUCCAGCCAUCAGCACUAAUGGCCUGUAUGCUACCGUCACUCACAAUGUCUGUGAAGAGAGAGUGGUAAAUAACCAACCACUACCUAGUAACGCCUUGUCAACUGUUCUACCAGGGCUUACUUAUUUGGCAACAGCUGAUAUGCCAGCCAUGAGUACCAGGGAUCAGCAUGCUACCAUCAUUCACAAUCUGCGUGAAGAGAAGAAAGAUAACAGCCAACCAGCCCCUGAUAACGUCUUGUCAGCUGUUACACCAGGGCUUAUUAACUUGGCAGGAGCUGGUAUUCCACCCAUGAGUACCAGGGAUCAGUAUGCUACUGUCAAUCACCAUGUCCAUGAAGCAAGGAUGGAAAAUGGCCAACGAAAACAGGAUAACAUCUUGUCAAAUGUUCUAUCUGGGCUUAUUAAUAUGGCAGGACCUAGUAUUCCAGCAAUGAGUUCCAGGGAUCUGUAUGCUACCAUUACUCACAGUGUUCGUGAAGAGAAGAUGGAAAGUGGCAAACCCCAAACUGAUAAGGUCAUAUCAAAUGUUGCACCACGGCUUGGUCAUAUGGCUGCAGGUGGUAUUCCAUCCAUGAGUACCAAGGAUCUGUAUGCUACCGUCACUCAAAAUGUCCAUGAAGAGAGGAUGGAAAAUAACCAACCACAACCUAGUUAUGACUUGUCAACUGUUCUACCAGGACUUGCUUAUUUGACAGCAGCUGGUAUUCCAGCCAUGAGUACCAGGGAUCAGUUUGCUACUGUCACUCACAAUGUCCAUGAAGAGAAGAUUAAAAAUGGCCAAGCAGCAUCCAAUAAUGUCUUCUCGACUGUUCCACCAGCACUUAUUAAUAUGGCAGCAACUGGUGUUUCAUCCAUGAGUACCAGGGAUCAGUAUGCUGCAGUCACUCACAACAUCCGUGAAGAGAAGAUAAAUAAUAGCCAACCAGCACCUGGUAACAUCUUGUCAACUGCUCCUCCAUGGCUUCGUCAUAUGGCAGCAGCUGGAAUUUCAUCCAUGAUUACCAGGGAUCUGUAUGUCACCGCCACUCACAAUGUCCAUGAGGAGAAGAUGACAAAUGGCCAACAAACAUCUGAUAACUCCUUGUCAACAGUUCCACCAGGUUGUAUUAAUCUGUCAGGAGCUGGUAUUUCAUCCAGGAGUACCAGGGAUCUGUAUGCUACUGUCAUUCACGACAUCCAGGAGGAGGAGAUGGAAAAUGGUCAAACCCCUCCUGAUGGCUUCCUGUCAAAUUCUGAUUCACCAGAGCUUAUAAAUAUGACAGGACAUCAUAUGCCACCCAAUGCAUUGGAUUCUUUCUCUUACGACUUCACAAGUCUCAGCAAAGAUGAGCUGCUUUACAAACCUGAUAGUAAUGAAUUUAUGGUAGGCACCAAAAACUACAGUGUCUCUGCAGGUGACCCACCAGUUACAGCAAUGUCUUCAGUGGAAACUGUGCCAAAUACACCACAAAUAUCUCCUGCCAUGGCAAAGAAAAUUAAUGAUGAUAUAAAAUAUCAAUUAAUGAAAGAAGUUCGAAGGUUUGGGCAAAAUUAUGAAAGAAUUUUCAUUUUGCUUGAAGAAGUACAAGGAUCUAUGAAAGUCAAGAGACAAUUUGUUGAAUUUACCAUCAAGGAAGCAGCAAGGUUUAAAAAAGUUGUCUUAAUUCAGCAACUCGAGAAGGCGCUUAAAGAAAUAGAUUCCCACUGCCAUCUCAGAAAAGUUAAGCACAUGAGAAAAAAAUAAUUGUGUUAGUGCAAAGACCAAGGAGAAACAAGGACAUAUGCUGUAGGAUGGAACAGGUUAUUGCUGAAGCUCCCUAUAAUCCUGAAGUGAAGAGAAUUCCCUUCCAGAAGCUACGAAAAAGGGAGCUGUUUAAAUUUAAUAAAUCUCUGUUAGUAAAAGCUGC